GAGAGUCACUCAGAGUUAAUAAUAUUACGCCGUGGGGGGAGUGGGGGAGGACGCACACAUAUAUACACAUAUAUAUACACACACUGCCAACCCGGCGACGAGGUUGGGCCUGCAGUGCCUGCCUGCAACCCAGAAAACAUGGAGCUCGAGAAUAUCGUGGCCAACACUGUUUUGUUGAAGGCGAGAGAAGGAGGGGGUGGGAACAGAAAAGGCAAGAGCAAGAAAUGGAAGCAGAUGCUGCAGUUCCCUCAUAUAAGCUUGUGCGAGGAGUUACGCCAAACUAUAGAGAAAGACUACAACAGCCUUUGUGAGAGGCAGCCAAUCGGACGCUUGCUGUUCCGGCAGUUCUGUGACACCAGGCCGGAGUUGAGACGCUGUGUAAAAUUUUUAGAUGCUGUGGCGGAGUAUGGAGUGACGCCGGAUGAGAAGAGGAAGGAAUAUGGGCAGGAACUCCUCGACAAGUACCUCAACACAAAGUCAGAGGACUAUAUUCCUGAGGUAUCAGCAGAGAUGGUGACUAAGUGUGCAGAACGCUUGCAACAGGAGGCAUGUAAAGAGCUCUUCAUGGAGUGCACCAAACUGAUCCACGAUUACCUGAGUGUGGCCCCUUUCGCAGACUACCUCGAUAGUAUGUACUACAGUCGCUUCUUACAGUGGAAAUGGCUUGAAGGACAGCCAGUCACAAAAAACACAUUCCGUCAGUACAGGGUUUUGGGAAAGGGUGGAUUUGGCGAGGUCUGCGCAUGCCAGGUGCGGGCCACAGGAAAGAUGUAUGCCUGUAAAAAGCUGGAGAAGAAACGCAUUAAAAAGAGGAAAGGGGAGUCCAUGGCCCUGAACGAAAAGCAGAUUCUUGAGAAAGUCAACAGUCGGUUUGUUGUGAGUCUCGCAUAUGCAUAUGAGACAAAAGAUGCCCUGUGCUUAGUCCUCACGUUGAUGAACGGAGGAGACCUGAAGUUUCAUAUCUACCACAUGGGAGAGGCAGGUUUUGACGAGAAGCGGGCAGUGUUCUACGCAGCGGAGAUCUGCUGCGGUUUAGAAGAUCUCCAUUGGGAGAGGAUGGUUUACAGGGAUUUGAAGCCAGAAAAUAUACUGUUGGACGAUCAUGGUCAUAUACGUAUUUCAGAUCUGGGCUUGGCUGUGCAUGUACCAGAGGGUCAGACAAUCAAAGGCCGGGUGGGCACAGUAGGGUACAUGGCCCCAGAGGUGGUGAAGAACGAGCGUUAUACUUUCAGUCCGGACUGGUGGGCUCUCGGCUGUCUCCUGUAUGAAAUGAUCGAGGGCCAGUCGCCCUUUCAGCAGCGCAAGAAGAAAAUUAAGCGAGAGGAAGUGGAGCGCUUGGUGAAAGAGGUGGAGGAGGAAUAUUCCAGCAAGUUCUCAGAGGAUACCAAGUCACUCUGUAAAAUGCUACUUAUCAAAGACCCCAGUGAGAGGCUUGGCUGUCAGGGGGGUGGAGCCACUGAGGUGAAAGCUCACCCUAUUUUUCGUUCCAUCAACUUCAAGCGACUUGAAGCAGGCAUGCUCGAAGCUCCCUUUAUUCCCGAUCCUCAGGCCAUCUACUGUAAGGAUGUGUUGGACAUUGAGCAGUUUUCCACAGUGAAAGGGGUGGAACUGGAGCCCAAAGACGACUCCUUCUACAACAAAGUGUCCACUGGUUGCGUUUCCAUCCCCUGGCAAAAUGAGAUGAUCGAGACAGAGUGCUUUAAAGAGCUCAACUUGUUAAACUUAGAUGGCACUGUGCCCCCAGACCUAGACUGGAGAGGUCAACCCUCACCCCCACCCAAACAGGGCUUGCUGCAGAGACUCUUUGGCAGACAGGACUGCUGUGGAAAUUGCAGCGACAGUGAGGAGGAGCCCACACGGCUGUGAAGGUGUGGCCUGUCUGGGGCUCCUCCCCUACACCACCGAGGAUCUCAUUUGUUUACAGUUUUUGCACAAUUGUAUUUUUAAGAUAGCUCUAUAUAAAUAUUGGAAUGUAUAUUUUCACUAUAUAGCCAUGCAGUGUAUCUUAUUUAAAGUCAUGAAAAGGACAGAAAAAAAGGGUCACAAUUAUUGUCCUUUAUCAAGUGUGAAGUGUGUCGAGGACAGAUCAUUCAACACUGCUCAAGUCUCAAAGCCGGUUGACCCAGCCAAUCCUGUACAUGUCUCCAGUCCGUAUCACAGCCUCUUUGCGCUUUUAUUUUCUAUUUCUGUUCUUGUACGAAUUCAUAUACAUGUACAGAAUGUACUCUGAAUAUUUGUUUUAGGCAUGGGGAGUAAAGGAAAUUUGCUUUGGCAAAUAUUUUUAUAUUUAUAUUUUAAAUUUUAUUUUCUUAUGGUAAUCUCGACAAUCAAACGGCACCAUUUGUGUAAAACAGUGGUAAAUGUGCAGUAAUGAAAAAAAAACACAAAAAAAAACAGGAAGUGACUAAAAAUGAGGGGCAUUUUUGACAUAAAUUCUUUAUCAGAAGUCUCAAAUAGUAAUGUGAGGUUGUUUAGCUAGAGAAACCUAGUAAACCAAAUAGACGUGAUUAAAGUGCAUAUAUGUUUAAUUAACAACUGCAAACAGUUGUAUCAUGUUGUAAAUAUGUGACACUCAUCUGUAAAGUCUUUAGUGUGUCUUCCUGAAUAUUUCUCUCUGGAUAAGUGGGAAAAUCAUCCCAGUGAUAACCUUGUGCAGCCCAUAUGUUACAUAAUGAGUCAAACCAAGAGGCAUUAUUUUCCAUUUAUCAAAUAUUUCACAACGUCGUUCUUUAAAGGUCUGUGACUAGUUAAAAUAGGAUAUCGUUAGAUUCCAGCUAUGGAGACUGAAAUAUAGGAUAAAUAAAUACUCAGAUACUUAGCAGGUUGCAAUGGAUAAACAUGCUACAAGACAAUACAUGUUAUUUAAUUGUUUAAAAUAGAUAUGUGUCAUUUUGAUAGGCUACAUUCAGUGUAAUUGCUGCUUUUUUACAUAUAGGGGGAAAAAAAUAUUUUCCCCCCCAAAAAAUUUGUUCUGUUUUGUUGUUAUUUUAGUUUUUUUUUUUUUUUCAAUUUGCUUUGCUAUGUUUCUUCUCUUCUGUUUUUUGUUUGUUUAGAUUUUUUGUUUUGUUUUAUUAGUUUUGCUUUGCUUUGUUUUUUCAUUUCAAUAAAUUUGUUUUAAUUUGCUUUGUUCUGUUUCAUUUUGUCUUUUUGUUUGUUUGUUUGUCUUUGCUUUUAUUUGUUUUUAAUUUAGCUUUGUUGUUUUUUGUGUUUUUUUAUUUAACUUUUAAGUUUUCAUUUUGCUUGAAUUGCGAUGGCUUUGGAAUUUUCUUAUGCACUCUUUAGACCAAACUAAUUAUAUUUUUGUCCUCCAUCUUCAUUGAAGGUGCCUUUUGAAGUUUUAAGGUACUCUUUUGUCAUUAGCGUUUCUUAUUCAAACACCUACAUGUUUUUGAGAUGACUCAGCAUCUUGAUGCACAAACUUUUUUAUCUGCUGUUGUUUUACCUCAGAUAAUACUGUGCCCUAUGGAUGUCCAUUCUUUUUCAAAACUCUUGUGAAUUUUUCUACUGAACAUUUGGAUGUCAUAGUAUUUCAUAAGAGACUUUGGGACUUUACAUUUAAGCCUAUCUGAACAUGCAAUGUAAGCCUAAUGUUUCAGAGAAAGUCCAUGGAAGAAUCGUCACCUCAUGACAUGCUCUGUCAAUACAUUUCUCAUCCACUGAUGGUUUACGUUAAUUCUCUUCUCUGAUAAACUCAAAUACAUUCCAAUUUCUACUGUACUGUACAGUUGUAAAACGUAUUCAGUUUUUUCUUUUGUUUAUUUAGCAAUAAUGGAUUUUAUAAAUAUAACUACAAUAUUAUUGUGUAUAAAAAACAUUUCAAAUCUAGAGCCAGGCGGAACUUAGUUUGACUUAAUGUUUUCCUGAGUCAGGCUUUUGACACUGUGAAGUGAUUAUUUCUGUCACAGUUGUAAAAUUUUUGUCUCUUUUGUGCAAUGCACUGAUUUUGAUGUUUUUUCUUUUGGUUGCAAAUUUGUGUGUGUAUGUAUGUGCCUAAAUGCUGAAUGAGUGUGUACCUGCACUGUAUGUGCCCAUAAUCUUUAUCAGAACCACUAGGGAAUGCCAUUAUUUCUAUCACUAAAUGAGUGAAAUGUAACAUUCUAGGCAAGGUUUUACUGAUUCUUUUUUCUUUCGAGAGAAAAGGUGUACAACUUCAGGCUCACUGAUAAUAAUAUUAUAUAAUAUUAGUCAUUUCAAUAUCAUAUAUUUUAAUAAACCUAUAAAAAGACAUAAUUAGACAUGCCAGUUCCCUUCAAAGAGGAAACCACAGUUUCAGCCACAUUUGUCAGUGUAAUUAAUUCAAGACUAAGUUACAAUAAAAUCAUGUUUUAUUUUCUGUUUUGAAGAGUAUUCAAAUGAAUUUAUUCCUAUAUCUUAAAGGCCUCAAAGUGUAAGGUGCAGUUUUAAGCAUAAUUUUCCAUUAGCAAACUACAGGGCUAUAGCUGGGAAAUCUCUGUUUAAGGUAUUAAAAGUGCAGAGAAAUUUCUAAAUAAAACGAAAAACUUGAAAACUGUUCUUAAACCAGGUAUACAGUCAAAUUUGACUGAUUUAGUAAUUGUGGAUAACAUGCUAAUAUGAGUAAAGAAUAAAGCCUAUAUAACCUGGAGGAUUUGUCUGUUCUAAGCAGGCCAAGUGAAUUCAAAAAGUGUGGUUAUAUUAGUCAAUGUGCCAUUGUUAUGUAAACUUACCAUUAAAAUUGUUUCAAAAGUUUUAUUGAAUUGUUUUGCUGAUAUAGACAGUGACUCAUUUACUCAGUUUUGAUAAUUUGAAAUGAUACAUAUCCAUAUUAUUAAUAACACAUGAAUUAAUACAUUAUUUUAUUUGCCUGAUAUGUAUGUAAAAGUCCAUAGCUCUUUUAUUUAAGGCCAAAAGAAUGUUAUGUUAUAAUGAAAACUUGUCUUGUACCUGUUUAUCCCUAUUAUUGAAGCCUUAUUUGUAUGUGAUACAAAGAAAAUUAUUUCUGGAUUGCACAUUGAAUACUAAUUUUUGCUAAACUCAGUAGUCGAUUCUCACUCAGGUUACUGCCAUCAAUAUGUAUGUUAUUAUUUGUAUUAUUGUUUGCUUAAUAUAUGUACACGGCCUUACUUGUGAAAUAAUGUCAAGUUACUGGUUUAUAUUUGUAAAUUUUAAAGCUGCAUAAAAUAAAUGCCACUGGGAACGUU